AUGAGCCUUGCGCCAACAAUGGCAUUGGAGAGUCCCCUGGUCUCAUCGUCUCCAGGCAGUAUCAUGUCGGCUUUCUCUCCUUAUACAGACUUCUCUGUCUCUCCAAACUCCCCAGCCAUGAACAAUCCUCCUCGAUAUCAGUCAUUGUCGGCGCGCACUUCUCAAGAAUCCUCCCAUCUCCGACCAAACUCAAUUGACGAUAGCUCUACGAACGGUUUACAAAUGACAAGUCCAAGUGAUAUGGUGGGGCCGUCUCCGGUCACAUCGAACGGUACGGAGACAACAGAAAUCGAAGACGAGGUUGCAGAUGAUGUGCAGGCGCAAGAAAUCAGACCAUCACCACCAAGAAUAGUUGGAUCUGCCGAUUCGCAGGCCACAUUGAAGAGACUCAGCACAAAUCUACCCGAUCAUUUCAGGUCUUCACUCGAAGACGAGUCUAUCUCUGUCAUACAUGCACCCGAGGGGUACGGAAAGUUUAAUUUGCCUGAGAAUCUACCGAUUCAACCAUCGCGAGCCGACCGAUCUACUCCUACACCAUAUCAACAGGAAGCAAACGUACCUACUACCAUUCGAGUAGAUCUUCAAGUCCCGAAGGAUAAAACUACACAACCCAGCCCGGUCUCUCCCCCUCCAAUCUCCACGGAUGUGACGCCGGUUAAAUAUGGAUUGGAAAAUGCCACCCCAAGAGCCCAAACUCGACAAGAAGUUGAGGCUCUUGCCGGCGAUUACGGAGGAUCCGUGCGAUCGAGUAGCGCCCACAGCCUUGAAGGGAUCCCGGAAGAGCACCGUGAUGUUGAAGAGGAUGAGUUCGAUGCCCGAAUCGUUCACACUUCCGAUGAGGAAGUUCAUGCCUUGAAGACUGCCCUGAACGAAUGUUGGACAUUGUGCAACACCCUCGCAAGCCUUAGCUCGAUUCAUCGUGAGCGAAUUUUUAGCUAUUCCGGAACUGGAGACGCCCACGAAACUGCCUGGAAGUGCUGCUGGAGGCUAUGCCAGAAGCUAUACGAUAGCCGGGAUGACAACCAUGAGUUUCAUGUUAGACCAACGCUGGAUCUUUGUCGCGACUUCUGUCAAGCAUUAUUUGAUAUACGACAACGGAAGGACGAAAUUGCUGACUCAGUGCUGAGAGUCAGCUUUGAGCUAAACAACCACCUGUACAACACCCACGAUCGGAAUUUGCCCGAAGCGUUCCGGGAACGAACUUUGGACUUCUAUAUUACACUUUGCCACCGGCUUAUGAAACAAAGAAACGAACUAGCCGAGGAGACAGAUACUCUUCUUCGAGCAUGCUGGGGCCUCGCUGAAAUGCUUUUCAGCCUCCGCCAGAAUAGACGCGAAGGCAAAGCGCCUGAUGAGGAGCUUCUUGGUUCAGCCGUGCAAGCAUGUUGGGAGCUGUGCGACCUUUUCAGGGAGGGCUGGACUCAAGUUCGUCCUGACCGGGGAACGCCAAGACCUUCGCAAACAACCUUCACCCAAAUCUCUGACCAGAUGAGUCGGUCAUCUCACACGAAGAGCAGCAGCCUGCCAAGUCUUCCGGAGAAUCCAGAGCAUCCAGAACAUGCUCGUACACGAUAUCAACCGGAAACACCAACAACCGAAUUUGAAGAUACACCCAUUUCUCCAGAAGCAAACUCACCAAAUAUUCCCAAUAUUCUCGUUCUUGGGACAGAAGGUACCCGUGCAUCCAAUGCGAGAUGGUCAAGUGCAACGUCUUCGUCAUCCUACUCUCAAGGAAGUCAGAAGUCUUCUAGCACAAUUACUACUGCAGCCAGUUCUGAGGACGCAAACCUCACUCGACUUAAGAUUCUCAUUCUCAAGGCAGCUAUGAACGUCGGCUUUUCUCGUUCUACACCUACGAGUGCGACACCAAAUACCGCCGACUCGCCUGCAUUCCAAAAUUUUAUCAAGGCUCUUCCAACAGGGUCAUUUGGGUCAUUACCUGCACAUACGAAGCUACUUGCCGCAUAUCGAAAUCUGAUAUUGAGCGACCCUACUUUUAGAAGCUCGAAUGCUCUGCCGGCUGUUGGUAAAAACGCCAGCGCGAUAGAUGUCGCUAAGAGCGUUGGGUGGAUGAUGAGGAGUGGGCAAUAUCCGUUUUUGAAGGAUCUGUUCAAGUUGGUCUUUGGAUUCCAUCUAGAAGAAGCAGAGGGCAGGAAACAUGUGAGCAUCACAGUAUGA